AUGUCUGAAGUAUUUAAGAAGCCUUCCUUGAGGUUAUCCUUCAGCAGUAUAAGCUUUGCAAAGAAAAGUGUAACGCGAUUGAAAACGCAUCGUAGGUUGAGGGGUCGCCUUCUUUUUUGUGCGGCCGUGCGAGCAGUUUUUGAAUUCAUGGAAUGGAUCACGGACGAGCCAAUCACCGAAGAAAUCAGCGACAAUGUCGCCAUUAAUGUCAGACUGACCCAACAAAAAAGAUACCCGGAAAAGAGGGCUCUAACUUUAGAGGAUCGGUCUCAAUUGUUGAUACAUCCAGCUGAGAGGACGAGAGAGACCAGAGCCUACAUAUCCCAAUUGCUGAAGAGCUUGGGGGCAUUCAAGAGAUAUUCGGAGAAUUUUCGCGACACCUUCGCCACGGUUUGCAUGUACCAGUAUUUAGGACCUGGCAGAACAAUUGUUCGCCAAAACCACGAGGCAUGGGCCGUUUAUUACAUUGUAAAAGGCGAGGCUGCUAUUUGCAGAUCUGUCGAAGAUAGCAUCACGGGAGACUCCAUGGACAUCGACAUGGGCAUGCUAGGACCAGGCGACAUGUUUGGAGAAAUUGCAUUGUUGCACAGUUUACCGAGGAAAGCGACCGCAGUGAGCAAAACCUCGAUGGAUCUGCUCUAUUUGCCUGGAGAGGACUUCAACAGGAUCCUCAGGAAUACGCUUUUGGAAGAAUGGAGUAUCCUACAGGACGCGAUGAUCAGUUUCGACUAUUUCAAGGGCUGGGACGAGGUCACGAUUCGAGAAUGUUGCAUCCUCGGAAAAGUGAAGGAUUACGACCCUGGCGAGGUCCUACUAGGCGAUGGUAAGGGCAUGGUGAAUUACGUGUACUUCCUCUUAUCCGGCGAGUGUCGACUCAUAGAGCAUUUAAAUGUUCGAGAGAAGGGAUUCAGACAUUCUUCUCAAUAUCAAUUAUACAAUACUGAUAAAACCAAGGAGACCUCGAAGUACAGGCCUAAGAGAAUCAGCAGAAGGCCUCCCGAAGAUGAGACGAAGGAUCUGGAGUACGUGCAAAGUCAGGAAGCCGAAGCAACCGAGGGAGAGAAAUUCGAAACGAACUACACCAAGGCGCUCCUCUCCAACCGACACCCUGGGAAAAUCGACCCCGAGAGGAUGAGCAUCGUGACCACGACAUUGCUAGACGUCGUGACUCAAUGGCAUGAAAUCACCGAAGUCGCAGCGGCGUUAAUGAGGGAGCCCUCGACCCUUUCCCAGCAAGAAUACCCGCAGAACGUUUACACGGUGUUCAUGCAAAUUUGCAAGUUCACCAGAGGCGCCUGCUUCGGGUUAGGUGAACAGAUGCAAAAUCGCAGGGUGGUGUCGACCUCCCCAUCCCGAUGCUUCUUGAUCCCAAGGUAUUGGUUGAUGGACCACAAUCGUGCCAACAUUUGGGAGUGUGUUAAAUUGUUGCUGGACUCGAAGUAUCCGACGACUGAACAAUUGCUGGACACCUUCGUCCAGAACCGAAGGUGGAGGUCCUAUAAGCAAGAACUCAUGGAAAGUAUUUUGAAGACUGGACGACGAGGUCGCGACACAGUUUCCAAGUACGACGUGCCAUACUCCAUCAGAAUUGAACACCAAAUCGUCCAUCCCCCAUUGUUUCGCAAAGACUAA